GUCCAGAUGAUGGGAAACUGAUUUAUCAUCAGCCGUGGACUGCGGACCAGUCUGUGGACCAGUCGACUCUCUGUCUGUCUGUACAGUAGAACCAUUCAAACCACUGGCAGCGGUCAGGACGGUGGUCUGAUUGGAUCCUUCUCUGAAAGCAGAUGUGAGUCUGUGUAUCAGCUGGUUGUCAAAGAGAACAUAUCAGCGGGAUCUGUCAGCGUUACCUGACUGAGGAGAGGACAUUGUUCUGCCAUAUUCCACAUAUUCCAGACCUCUGUGCAGGUGGCGUUGUCGCUGUGGAAAGAUGCGAUCAGCGAGAAGUGGAGCCUAAGACUUAAUUGCUCCCUUCGGCAGCAGAGGCUCAGCGCGGCGACACCAACCGCUCUGGGUUUUGUUGGUUCGCAGAGAAUAUCCCUCGCAUCCCUCUCACAGGGUUUGCCGAACGACAUGUCCGCGCUAUAAGCAGAAGAGGAACACUUCAAACCGGCGGUUUCGGUUCGAGAACUCCAGUAUGUCCAAGCGGCGCUCGUCUGAGAGGGGUGCUGGAGAGUCGUCAGGCAGGGCCAGCAAACUGCACUGUCCUGGCAUCUCUGGAAAUAACGCCAAGAGAGCCGGGCCCUUCAUCCUCGGGCCUCGCCUGGGCAACUCACCGGUGCCCAGUAUAGUGCAGUGUCUGGCCAGAAAGGACGGUACCGAUGAUUUUUAUCAACUCAAGAUCCUGACGCUGGAGGAGCGAGUGGAUUCUGUGGGUGAGACUCAGGAGGAGAGGCAGGGGAAGAUGCUGUUGCACACAGAGUAUUCCCUGCUCUCUCUACUACACAACCAGGACGGGGUCGUCCACCACCACGGCCUCUUUCAGGACCGAGCUUAUGAAAUAGUGGAGGACAUGGAGGCCAACAAAGUGCGAAAGAUGAAGAAGCGGAUCUGCCUGGUGCUGGACUGUUUAUGUGCCCACGACUUCAGCGACAAGACGGCCGACCUCAUCAACCUCCAGCACUACGUCAUCAAGGAGAAGAGGCUGAGUGAGCGCGAGGCCAUUGUUAUCUUCUACGACGUGGUGCGGGUGGUGGAGGCGCUACAUAAGAAAAAUAUUGUGCACAGAGACCUGAAGCUGGGGAACAUGGUGCUGAACAAAAGGACUCACCGUAUAACUAUUACAAACUUCUGUCUGGGGAAACACCUGGUCAGUGAGGACGACCUGCUGAAGGACCAGAGAGGAAGUCCGGCCUACAUUAGUCCCGAUGUGUUAAGUGGUCGACCGUACCGUGGAAAGCCCAGUGACAUGUGGGCUCUGGGUGUGGUUCUGUUCACCAUGCUGUACGGCCAGUUCCCCUUUUACGACAGCAUACCUCAGGAGCUCUUCCGCAAGAUUAAGGCUGCGGAGUACUCCAUCCCAGAGGAUGGUCGUGUGUCAGAAAACACAGUGUGUCUCAUCCGGAAGCUUCUGGUGCUGGACCCUCAGCAGAGGCUGACUGCAGGGGAGGUGCUCGAGUCCCUCAGUGUCAUCAUCGCCUCGUGGCAGUCGGUGUCGUCACUGAGUGGACCUCUGCAGGUGGUGCCGGAUAUUGACGACCAGAUCAAUCACCCAGAACAUCUGCAAGAGAACAAGGCGAUAGAAGAGUCGUCACAGUACGAGUUUGAGAACUACAUGCGUCAGCAGCUGCUGUUGGCCGAGGAGAAAAACACUAUCCACGAAGCUAAGAGCUUUCUCACCACGCGCCAUUACGGCAGCAUUCCACCCGUGAGGCGUCUGGGCCACGACGCGCAGCCCGUCAGCCCGCUGGACGCUGCCAUCCUGGCACAGCGCUUCCUACGAAAGUAGUAGACUCCAGUCGCCCGUCCGAUAACCGCUCGGUUCUCUCCACGACACCGCAGAACUUUUUCAGUGUCCAGAGAUGACCGGAGAACCUAGGCCCAAACGUGAACUUUCGUACCGCGGCUGGACUCGAUCCAGGGAUGAUGAUGAUGAUGAUGGCAGGUUCUGGGUGAGUUCACUGGACCUGUUUAGAGGAGCGCACCCAUGCCAAUGGCUGACCCAGAAGUUCACGUCACAAAUCUGGAUCCUGUGAAACAUUCAAAAACCCGGAGGAAUAUCUGAACCAAAGGUUCUUCGCCCCUCAGGUCAACCACCAAUCAGAUCUCACUGUGCAGUUGUUCAGACGGCACGGUCUUAAAUCAGGCGAAGACGAGACUCUGCCUGGUGCGUGUGUGUGUGGGCGGGGGGCAGGACAAAGAACUCCCAGAAUUCCUCUCCCACUGGAACACUUUAUUCACUUCCUUGGAUCCCCUGAGCAAUACAGGAUCAGAAUCAUGUAGCAACCCCCCGUCUCCGUCCCCCACCUCCCUCUGUCCCGCCUCAGUGGUUACCAUGGUCACAGAUCAUGUCAGGUCACAGCCGUCACCUCUCAUUCCCACCUCUUCCUCUGACUCCUCCCCCUCCGUCUCAGCUGUUCUCCUGUAUUGAACAGGAUCCAGACUCUGAAUCAAUCUACCUCUCCGUCUCUCUCCUCUCUCCUGGUUUAAAAACAAAGAAAGAAAAAACCACGCUCACUGUUUCCGAGACAAGGUAUCCGUCACACGGGGGUCUCGGCGCUCCCGGUGACACGAAGCAUUAACGUCAGUGUCACAAUGCUCUGAAACCUUUUUUUUUUUCUCUGUGGUUUCACAAAACUCCCCAAUAAGCUUCUUCUUUUUUUUUUUUUUUAAACAUAUUACAACAUAAGUAGCAUUUUUAUCUUAAUCCUUUUGCUUUGAAGAUAUUAAAAAAAUCUUAAGUACAAACAAAUAUUCACACAAUGCAUUGCCUCCAGCUCUUGCUCACCCCCCUGUGGAGAAAAAAAAACAAAACUAUUUGAAGCAUCCAGGCAGCUAGCGCGAGGUACCCGGAAGUCAGCCAUGCCAAGAACGGAACGGAGCAGCAGCCGCGGGAGCCUCGCCGCACCGCGGCUCGCUGACGGUCACGCUUCCUCAGUGCCAUCACAGUGAAGAUUUGAGGCACAGUCCUGUCUCCGUCAAAAACCAUGUCUUAAAGAUGACUCUACGCCAAGGAAACUGGUACCUGCAGCCUCGCUCACGAUCUAACGGCUUCCAGGGGAUUUCAACCUGCCUGUUCACCACCAGGACUAAUCUGAGGACUAGUGUGGAUCGGUGUGAAUGUGAAACCAUCGUUUGAUGCUGAAAUGUAUCUACAUUUUGUUUUUUUUGUUUGUUUUUUUUGUCAUUUUUGUUGUUUUUUUGUUUGUUUUUUUUUUGUUUUUGUCUAAGCUGUCAACCUCACAACAUCAUCAGUCUUCAGCGCCUCCUCCAGGACGGGUAUUAAAGCCCAGAGUUGAAUUUGAGUUUUACAUUUGUUAAAUUCUGAAAAAAAAAAAAAAAAAAAUUCUUUCAAAGUACUGAAGCUUCAGUUAUGAACAAUUUAAUUUAUUUCACACAGACUUUGACCAAAUUGGUUGUUUUUUUGUUUUGUUUUUUAUGAUGAUGACGAGUUUAAAAAUAGUUUAAAAACAAACUGAACUAAUUGUUGGUGUCGCUGGUGUUUUGACAGACAUUUGUCACCGUCUGUCCAAAUAUUAACGUUAACUUGGUCCAGUUAAACAACAUUUUAGUUCAUGUUUUUUUUUUUUUUACAGAUCUCGUCAUCAUUGAAGUCUCAGUUGACAAGGCGCCACCUUGUGUUUAAGAAGUACGAGAAAAACUUUACCUUUAAAUUAAAGCUGCAUUGCCAUGAUAAAGUCUUGAAAUACUUUUUUUUUUUUUUUUGAUUAAUAAUUUUCCAAACAAAGAUGAGUAAAUGACUGGUAUUUAAAAAAAAAAACUUUUUAAAACAUUUAUUAUUUUUACAGAUUUAAUGUAAAACCUGCUUCAAACACCGGGCUCUACCACGUUCCCAGUCCACACAAGGUUAACUGUGGCUUCUUUUCCAUGAUAUACGGUAAUAAUCUGUCCUGCCUCCGGGGGCAGACACUGUGAAAAACCAGAGCAGGUUUUUUUUAAUCACUCACACAAACUUUGUCUUUAUACAUUUAGGAGUCGUCGCAUUUCUGUUGCCACACUCUGUGUCGUACGCCUGUUUUUUUUUCCUACCAAGACACACACACACACACACACUCUGAUAGAACAAACUGGUAACAGAUCCGAGCUUAUUCUUCAGAUUUCAUUGCUGUGGCUCCAUGAUUUUUUUUUUUUUUUUUUCUCAUCUACAAGCGAUAGCCGGGCUUCAAACCAGCGACAUCUUCACACUGUAUCUCACCUUUUGUGUAGUGACACCUGCCUCUGCUGACCCUCUGUGUUCCAUGCUAUUUAUACUCAAGCUGAAAAUGCAUGAAGACAGAGUACCGUCCGCUCUUUGGCCCUCGCACCACGUAUUGAUGUAUUUAUUCACCACAGCCACACAACCUCUAAAACCACAGGGACUCGUUUCACUGACUACUGUUUUUUUUUUAAUUAAACGAUAGCUGUUGUCAGUUGAACAGGCCCCCCCGCCUGCUCAGUUCUCAUAGAUGUGAGUCAGGUUUUAAUCCUCGUCAAAGAAAUUCAGUUUCAAUCAUCACAGUUGUUUUCAUGAACAAUAAGCAUUCACUCUGUCUCUUUGGUCUGGGUUUAAGCUCUUAAGGUGGAAGUCAUAGACAUAAUGACAUAAUGGUUUCUUUUUUGUUGUUGUUGUUGUUGUUCUGUUUUUUGUUACAGAUGGUCAUGGAUCCAUGUGUUAACUACAUGUAGGUGUGGACUCUACUCUCUGUUCUAUGUCGUCUUUCUUAUUUCCCGCCCAGUUCAAACAAACAUCUGUAUUUAUUUAUUCUUUUUUUUUUUCAUUUAUUAAAAACAGGACAGAGGACACAUGACCAUCUGCUCUGUAUGUGCUGUGCCCCCUAGAGGUUCCCCGCGUCGUUGACAGUUUGUCUCGCAUGUUGGAUUAAAGUAUGACUUUUGGCCUUAAUCGUACUCUUGCCAUUUAAACCACUGGUGUUGGUGGGUUAACUUAAGCUAGACUUCUAACAAGACUGACUCCAGCUCUGAGCUGUUCCUCACCGGGCUUCAUCCUUCACUGUACACCCCCCUGUCUCCCCCCUCUCCCCCCCCGCACACUCUUCGGUCAGUAUGUAAAUAUUGUACCAUCCCGACUGUGCUGGUCGUACUGUACAUGUAGUCGCACCGUCAGACACACGCCGCUGUUUCAUCACAUGCUGAUUAACGUGUUAUAGGCCACGUUGGCCACUGGUCGCCACAUCUGGAGGGUAAAAGUCUGGAUGUAAAGGGGGCGCUGUGCUCCCACCCCGCCUCAAUGUGAAGUACAUAGGUAUGCAGCAGUAUUGUAGUAGUCUAGGUUGUUCAUCCGGAUGGUGUUUUUUUUUUUUUUUUUAUUAUUUUAAUUUCCCCCCUAAAUCACUGUAGUUAUUAAUGAAUGCUAACACACACGAUCUUCCUGGGAAACGUCUUGCACCGUAUCCCAUAAUGCCCCAGUAACGGUCCAGGUAGGAUGGACCAUGAUGUAGAUGUUUCCAUCUGUGUGGCCCCACUCCUGUCCAAAGUGUUUUGCUUUCUCGUCGGCGUCAUCGCUGGUUCUUGGAACUGGACCCAUCGGUCGCUCGGGUCGCGGCCUGAUUAGCAUGGUUAUAGCGUGACGUCAAACUGUUGCAUGAUUUUUGAACUCGAAUGUGUGUCAGAGCGAAAAAGGUGAUGGAAACUUAAUCUUAGUGCUUCAGUCAGUUCCAGGCCAGGAAUUAUUUAUUGUUAACCCCCCGAUCCCCUGACCCUCUGACCUCCCUGACCCCUAAACUAAUAAAUGAAUGGAGUGAUUUUUUUUUACCAUGUUUAAAAAUAUAUAUUGUUUUGACUUUGAACUAAAGUUGUCAGUCUACCACCGGUGUAUUUACCGACUGUUUCGACUGGAAGCCUAGCGUAGGAGCUGAAAUGUGGUGUUGUUUGAAUCCAGUGGGAUGAUGUGUUGAUGUAAGCUGUUGGUCAGUCACGGGCAACCAGAUCCAGAAAAACUGCAUAAUUGUACAGAUGAGAACACCUUUGUAUAAAAACAUAUUUUUCUACGUCAUCAGAUCUCUACAUGCAUGUCAGCAAUAAACUUUGAUAUGGAAACAUUCA